AAAGUGUGUACAGUAUGUGUGAUAUCGAGUCUUGGUGCAAAGUCGAGAGUAACUCGAAGGGUGAAUGGCUGAAAUCUGAGAGAAAGCAUUGUCCGAAAGCUUUGUGUAGUGACAUUUUCGGUCUCAAUCAACCUUGUCAGGACGACACGUUUCGUAGUGAGUGGAUCAAUGCAAAACCAGAAGAAGAAAAACGAAGAGAGAAGCGUCAUUUUCCAGAGAAAGCUGUGUGCCAUUUGAAAUGAUCUGAAACUGCUGUGUAAAGAAUUGUGACAAUGUUGACCUUUUGGCUGGACACCAUCAGCCAUCAGUACAGAUGGAUAUCGUUCUUGCAUGAACAGAAAAUCUGGUGUACGUAGCUAGCACAGCGAUUAGCAUGUCGACAGCAACAAAUUGUACUUUGUGUUGUUGAGCAAGCAUAUUUUGGUUUGUAAAAACUAAAUUAUGCUGUUUGUUUGAAAGACAAGAUUGCUGGCUAAUUUAUUAAUUAAUUCAAGACAUUUGGUUUGAA